AUGAAAAAGCUACAAGGUGACUGUGUCUCUUGGCUGGUCCUGUUCACUGGAGUUGUUCAGCUCCUACUAGUGUGUGGAGAGGGAGUGUACUUAUCUCUGGGAUCAACCAACAUCACCACUAACAACACUGAGAUCCUCAUCACUGAUAUUGGAGAUGAUGUUGGGGAUGGUCGUCCUUCUCUCAUCUGUCACACUGACCUUGUGGCCUGUUGUACACCCAGUGAGACAAUGGCAAAAGGUAUUGGACUUUGGCGCUAUCCAAAUGGAACUCGUGUUCCUGGUGAAUCAGGAGCAUCUCGUCCGUAUGUGUCAUUAAGAAAUGGUCAAUCCAUCAAACUGGCUCGUAGAGAGAGUUUGUUGUUCUCUCCUCCCCUGAGUCCAACUGGUUCCUACUGUUGUACUAUACCAACUAAUGAAGGAGUGAUGAUGUUCUGUGCCAACCUGGUUGUGUGCCUGUCUCUCCCUGCCCUGAACAAUGGAAUAGUUUCAUACAGCCACUUAACACUGGGUCUGAACACUGUGGCCAUCUACACCUGUGACACUGGCUACACUCUCAAUGGAGGCACCACCAGGACUUGUGGGAGUGAUGGAGUGUGGAGUGGGUCAGAUCUAUCUUGUCUUCCCUGUUCUGACCUCACUCUCACCAAUGGAGACAUUGUCUACACUGAUGGAUCCCCUGACAACAGACCUAUCGGCUCUAGAGCUACUUACAGCUGCAAUCUUGGCUACACUAUCACAAGAGGGAGCACCACCAGGACCUGUGUGAGUGGAGGGAGAUGGGAUGGAUCACCUUCAACUUGUCAAAACACAAGACCGACUGUUGCUCCACCCACAACGUGCUCUGACCUGACUAAUCCGACCAGGGGAAUGACUGCUUACAAUAUGGGGACUGCUAGUCCAAGACCAGUGGACACUGUGGCCACCUACACCUGUGCCACUGGGUACACUCUCAAUGGAGUCACCACCAGAACUUGUGGGAGUGAUGGAGUGUGGAGUGGGUCAUCUCCUGUGUGUCAGCGUAUCGGCUUUGACUUACCCUCACUGACCAAUGGGAUGAUCUCCUACAAUGGUGGAUCCACUAACAACAGACCAGUGGGCACUGUGGCCAUCUUCAGCUGUAACACUGGAUAUACUCUCAAUGAAGACGCUACUAAGACUUGUGGGAAUGAUGGAAUGUGGAGUGGAUCAUCUCCUGUAUCUGCUUUCACUUACCCUUACUGA